CAUGACAUUCGGCUCAAAUUUCGACAACAUCGAUUCAAAAAUCCAAAAAGGUCAAACAGCUUGCAAUGUUCCAGAUUCUCCCAAUUGCGGCCUUUUCGGUCCUGCUGCUGUGUUCGAUAGCGAAUUGCUUGCAAGUUGGUCGCCGUCCGAAGGGAUAUCCCCCUGGGCCGCCAACUAUCCCUAUACUGGGCAAUCUCCAUUUGCUACCAAAGGAUAGACCCUAUCUCCAGUUCACUAAGUGGGCGCGAGAAUAUGGGCCAAUCUACUCGUUAAUACUUGGUACCCGCACCUACAUCAUUCUAUCAUCUCCUGAGGUGGUCAAGGACCUGCUGGAUAAACGCAGUAACAUAUACUCGUCUCGUCCCGAUAUGUAUGUGGGACAAGACAUUGCCAGCGGUGGUCUGAGGAUUGUAGCCAUGAAAUACGGCGCUCUGUGGCGGAAACUGCACAAGAUGAUCCACAACAUACUCAACAUACGGGCUGCAGUUGCGUAUGUACCCUACCAGGACCUGGAGAAUAAACAGAUGCUUUUCGAUCUUCUGAAUACACCAAAUGAUUUCGAGGGUCACCUACGUCGUUAUAGUAAUUCGCUCACCACGCAAAUGGUUUUCGGUUUUCGCACUACCGACAACAAUGAUCCUAAGCUGAAACAGCUAUUCGACGGCUUUCAGAAAUGGGGCGAACUGAUCCAGAUACCGAGUGCACAGUUGCUAGAUUUGUUCCCAAUACUCCGGAGAUUACCUGCGUCGCUGCGCCCCAACUUUCAGCACGCUCAGCAGCUUCACAAAGAUGAAAUGGGUUUGUAUCUGGGGCAUUGGAUGAAAGCAAAAAGGGGUCUGCAAUCAGGGAGUCGCAUUCCCUGUUUCUGCAACGACGUUCUCCGUGUACAAAAACAAGAAGAAAUAUCUGAUGAGCAGGCCGCCUACCUAAGCGGCUCGCUCCUAGAAGCCGGCUCGGACACAACAUCCUCCAUCCUCAUCGGCCUCGUACAAGCCCUCCUCGUGCACCCCUCCGUCCAGAAAACCGCCCAAGAAGAAAUCGACCGCAUCGUCGGCCCCCACCGCCUCCCCACCAUGGAGGACUCGCCAACCCUCCCCUACAUCCGCGCUAUCGUCAAAGAAAGCAUCCGCUGGAUGCCCACCGCCGUCCUCGCCAUCCCCCACAGCACAACCCAGACCGACUCGUACCGCGGCUACACGAUCCCCGCAGGCGCAACCGUGCUCUGCAACGUGUGGGCGCUGCACAUGGAUCCAGAGCGCAACCCCGACCCGCGCGUCUUCAACCCGGGCCGCUUUGCAAACGACGCGCGCACCGAGUUCGAGAGCGCCACGGGCGAGCCCACGACGCGCAACAAUUACAUUUUCGGCGCGGGGAGGCGGUUGUGCCAGGGCAUGCAUAUCGCGGAGCGAUCGCUGUUUCUGGCUGCGGCGCGGCUGCUGUGGGCGUUUGAGUUUCAGCGGGUUGUGGAUUGCCAGACAGGGAUGCUGAAGCCGCUGCCGGAUGUGGAUGAGCUUGUGGGCGGGCUUACGGUGCAGCCGGCGCCGUUUGAGGUCGGGAUCGUGCCGCGGAGUGAGGAUAGAGCCGUGCUAAUCAGAGAGGCGUGGCGGGAGCAGGAGGAGUCGAUGUUGGAUGGGGUUACAAAGCAGUGGAGGAAGGUUCCUGAGGGGAUGGCAUUCAGCACUUAGACCCUGGUCCUCAAAGGACGUACAAGACAUGCACAGCUCAGUGGUUUUUAAAUUGCACCUGGCAACGUUAGGUUCCCAUCAACAAGCCCAUUGGAUCCCUUACACGAAACGCUCGUUGUUGGAUAUGUAGCAUCAGAGUUCCUGCGCAAUGGCCUGUGUUCGUCUAGAGAUUUUCCGACCAAGGUCUUCGACUUCCAGGGCAAGAUAUGGAGUGAGGUUAUCUACCUACCUAACUCCAAGCGUCCGCAUAAAUUCACGAAAACUCACUGUGUAGACAGGCAAUUGGCUGAAUCUUGUCCAAGUGUGAGUUUCUUUACUCAGCUUUUCUUUCUUAAAGUUGCUAAAGCAUGGGCUUAGGCUGGGACUCAGAGAAAGUCUCCAAGCAUACCGUAUUACUGUACUGUAGGCUGGACAACAAUGCGUACGGCGGUUUAACAGUCUCAAUAAAAUGAACGUUCAGUAUUA